AUGGCGUUGACUUUACACAUCGCUUUGGUCGUGAUAGUCUUGUGUCAACAUGCGUCCCACCUAGCCCAGGGAGCCACAUUGGGUACCACUGAAGCUGUCACUUCAGAGGGAGCCUCUGAGAGCCUGGUUAUAGAAGGUGUUGAUGUCAGUACUUUGUCCGAGGAUGACCUGGAAAGUUUCCUCUCAGCGCUGGACGAAAAGUUUUUAGGGGAAUUAGACAUCGAGGUUGGUAAACGUAUUCUGGAAAACGCCACAUCAGGAGGAAGGGCAAAGAGAUGGAUACCACUGGCUGCUCGUGGGGCGUUCGCAUUAGGGCGUGGUUUAUUUAGAGCAGUCUCCCGGGCAAAGAUUUCCAGGAGUGCAGGUAGAAUCACACGCCAGUACGACAGACGAGGGAACUUCAAAAAAGCAGUCAGCGACUUUCAUCGGCUGAAGCCUACCGAUGUCAAACGAUUUAAAGGAAAGGACGGACUAGUGGGUUUACAGGGUCGUCUCGGGAAACAAACCGUCAAGGUCCGAUCGAACAGUUCUGGAAACCGCCCCACCCUAGAAGUGUACAGAACGGACAAAGCGGCCAGAAAAAUCAUCCGAAAAGUUCGAUACGACAAGAAGAAUUAA